GACGAGUAUAUAUAUCGCCACCAACCACCCUCGAGAUCGCGGAGACGACUGCAGGUCGCCACCGCUCACUCGCUCAUCACCAUCCACAAUGGCGGACAACAAGGGGCAGACCUACUACGAGUUCUACCGCGGGUCGAGCAUCGGGACGGCGCUUACCGACUCGCUCGACGAGCUGAUUACCUCGGGCGACAUCCCGCCACAGCUUGCGAUGAGAGUCCUGCAGCAGUUCGACAAGUCGUUGACUGAGUGCGUGCAGAAGGGGGUCAAGCAGAAGACGACGGUCAAGGGCCACCUCUCGACUUACAACCUCUGCAAUGACGUGUGGACGUUCGUUGUCAAGGACCCACAGUUCCGCAUGGAGGGGACCGGCUCCUCUCAUUCGGGGGAGCUUGUCACAGCGCCCAAGAUCAAGAUUGUCGCGUGCAAGAGCGGCGACGCGACCGACGGCCGCAAGGGCCACUAACAUCGAACAUUAGAGGCAAAGAGGUGUUGUAGUAGACACAGCUGAUUCUGGCACUUGGCACAUAUGUAUCAUCUUAACAUUUCAGGGGUCGUGACUUGUGCUCCGUGAAAUGAGCUUGCCAUAUAUCUACAAGUAAAAGGCCGCCCGUGUGGAGUCUAGAUGUCGAGCACAAACUUGACGUUGACCUGAGACGAGAUCUCGAUGGGCUCAGGCUCGAAAGUCAUAGUCGACUCGGGGCUUCCGCUGCCGUCCAUCAUCAUCAUGGGCGCGGCGGCCUUGAAAACGC